AAAUUAACGGACAGGGAAGUGAUUGGGCAAUGGAGAGAGAAAACCAAUCUUGUAAAGAAGAUUCAGAGGUUGCUGUUAUCUUUGUGCACUCAGGCGUGGACUCUGUUCUCGUUCCUCUCAGCUUUGUGUCUCGUCGUUCUCUCCAGGGAGGAGUGUUUUCUUUUGUUUGGAGGGAGAUGCAAAAGCAAUCUUUAAUGGUGGAUGCCUGGAUGAGGGAAGCUCAGGAGGCAUUAAAGUUGGUGGAAGAUGUAGAAACAAGGGUCAAGAACAAGAACCCACAUCAAGAAGAAGAAGAAGAAGAUGAAAACUUACGCCUUACGGAGAUUGCUCGAUCUAAGCUUUUUGAAGUUGGGGUCAAGGUUGAUCGACUUGAAUCUCUCCUCCGCAACCCCCCCUCAAAACCCAUCUUUGCAUUUGCAGAACUAAUGAAGAUUUGGAAUAUCGGUGGAAGAUGCUAUCCGAUAUCCAGCUAAGAACAAGAGUACUGGCUCUAAGUCUUUAUGCAAUACCAUCUCCAAACAGGCCAGAAAGCUUACCUACUGCAUGUACUGUGGAAAAUAUCAGAACUGUCAACAGGGAUGAGCCAGAUCAAAUGAAAGCCUCAAUCUCCGAAGAUGAUCCCGAGAUGCUUAGACCUCUUAUUGUAAGUUUUGGUAAUUGCUUGGAUACUUCUUUCUGAAUCAUAUAAUUUAUGCUUCAGAGCUGUGACUGCAGUAUCUCUUGUUUCUUUCUUCACACAGUCAGACAGUGAAAAAGGCCAAGUGCAGAUAAAGCAAUACAGUACUACGUCAAUGAGUUUGCUACAGAAUGCUUUCUGGACUGUCUGUGUACUGCUCGGAUCAGUCAUACUUAUAUUCAUCCUGAUUCUCAUCUGUGCGGUCAUAUAUCCUAGGUAGAGGGAUGUAUGACUUAUACCAGGAUGUCAAGUCAUGUCCAUAUGAGGAUGUCCAAGUCCUCGGGUCAAUACCGGUGGAGUCUCAUUCAUCCAUAGCUACAUCAGAACAUUGAAGCAUCUGGACUUCAAAAACCAUUUAAGAUUUGCAGCCGAAAAUGAAUGUUCUAUUAUGUAUAUAAACCAUAGCCCUUCUUUCUCUGUUUAGCACUCAUUAGAACAAAAGAUGCAAAAUAAUUAGCUGAAUCUUCUCCAUUAAGAUGGUCUUCGGUUGGCCAUAACAUGAAGGAAGUUGUGUUGUUAUUUAUUUCCAAAUGCUUUCAGUAAACACUUGAAUGAUGU